UCCCCCACCCCCUUUCUACGUAACGGCCUUACCCACAAUCCUCCUUUUCCUCCAAGCCAUCUUUGCAUUCGAAAUGAAGGUCGAGCUGUGCAGUUUUAGUGGGUAUAAAAUAUACCCGGGUCACGGGAAGCGCUAUGCCAGAAUCGAUGGGAAGGUUUUCCAGUUUCUGAACUCAAAAUGUGAGUCCGCCUUCCUCUCCAAGAGAAACCCUCGACAAAUCAACUGGACUGUCUUGUACAGGCGCAAGCACAAAAAGGGGCAGUCUGAAGAGAUUCAGAAAAAGCGCUCCCGUCGUGCAGUGAAGUUCCAGCGGGCUAUUACUGGUGCCUCUCUUGCUGAGAUUAUGGCUAAGAGGAAUCAGAAGCCUGAGGUGCGCAAGGCUCAACGUGAACAGGCAAUCAGGGCUGCCAAGGAGGCUAAGAAGGCCAAAGCUGCAACAAAGAAAGUCAGCGCAGCUACAGCUAAGGCUACUCAGAAAGCAGCACCCAAACAGAAGUUUGCCAAGCCAAUGAAGUCUCAGGCUCCACGCGUUGGUGGAAAACGCUAAAUAUAAAAAUCAAUUGUUUAUGUAAAAUAAAACCUGAGUAAAUUGUGA